UGCAGGGAUACCGCGCCCAAAGCGCUUUCCCAACCUCCUCUUUUUCCUCAGCUCUCUCACUCUGUCUAGGCAUUUCCCAAUCGUCCCCCACCUCACUCUCUUCGUCAAUUGCCUCUCACUAUCCGUCGACGAAUCAUACCCUUUCCCUCGUCACUUUAGACAUUCAUUCAAUUGUUUGCGACAUCGUCGCCGUCCAUCACUAGACCCCAAUUACCCACCAUCCUUUUUGUUUGUCUUUCUGUCGCAUCUCCACGCAAACCCACCCAAUUCUUCUACCAACACACCAUACACAAUGGCUGACGCCGGCGAGGAAUUUCCUGAAGUACCGGAAGAUGUAGCCAUGGGAGGCGACGAACUCGCGGUUGAGAUUGAAGCUCCGGCCGCGACUGGAGGAGACGAGACACCCGGCGACGAUGUCCCAGUUCCUGGGGAGGCUAUGGCUAUGGAGACCACUGAAGAGGUUCCGGCUCGAGUCACCUACAUUGAUUACUUGAGAAGUCCAGUGGUCAGCUUGUUGGUAGGGCAAGGCGACGAGCAGGCCCUCUUGACGGCGCAUCAAGCUCUCCUAGUACAAUCGCCAUGGCUCGCGGAAUCGUGCGCCAAAUUCUCCGACGACCUUUCUGUGAGCGCAUACAAUUGCAUCUUCAGGGCAAUCGCAGACUAAUUGUGCAUUUAGGACCGCCGAAUUGACCUCCUAGACGAGGAUCUGGACGCGGUGGGAUGCUUCCUGGAAUACCUGUACACGGGCGACUACUUCCCUCGCAAGAUCGCAGGUACUCGCGAACUGGAAAAAGAUCCUGGAGCCCCAUUGAUCGACGAGACGGGUGACCAGCUCUUGAAGCACGCGCGUGUCUACACUCUCGCAGAUAGCCUUGGUCUCCCAACCCUCAAAGCUCUCGCGUCGAGCAAGAUCCACGCCGUCGAUUCCACCGCCAAGGGCGAGAUCGCGUACGCCAGAUACGUCUAUGCACAUACCCAGAAGGACGACAAAGUCAUCCGCGCGCCAGUCGCCAAUUUCUGGGCUACCCGAUCGCAUACGUUGCGCGCCGAGGCAGAGGACGAGUUCCGUAUGAUGUGUUUGGAGUUUCCACAGUUCGGAUACGACGUUCUUAGUAAGUUUUUCCAUUCCUCUUUUCAUGUUGAAUGGUGUAAUAAUUCUCUUCCAGCGCGUCUCUUGGACGAAAAACUCAAGAGAGAGAAGACGGAGAAAAUGCACCCUACACACACACCCGGCAGCUCGCGCAAGCGUCCUCGUGCAUCUGUCGUCUAAGGGAGAUGACUAUGACCGAAUCAUACUGUAUGGAUCAUAAAAAUACCGUCCCUUUGUUUCCACUGUUCUCCUUCGUUCCUUCGAUCUUGUACUGUAUGUACGCAUUGCUUUCAAGCUACAAAAAAACCGCACCCUCUCUAUAUCAUCUCUGUACUCUAUCACUCGAAGGAUCUGGCUACUACUUUUAUCAUUUUCAUUUUUCACUGCAUAAACUUUCGAUGGACGGGGUGGAAUAAACUUCACAUACGGGUUCUAAUAGGGCGAAUUGGGACUUGGUGGUUGGUCCUCAAUUGGGAGAUGUAUUGUGGAGUAGAGUGCAAGGGAAAGGAAAUGAAAGGAAAGGAAAGGAAAGGAAAGGAAAGGAAAGGAAAGGAAAGGAAAGGGAUAGUGCUAUUUUAUUUGCUAGGUAUUUGUGAGGUAUGUGGGUGAGUGAGUAACUGGCAAAUAAUCUUACAUCUCAGACAGAGGACUUUUUUUCCUUGGCUAUGUCUGUCUGUCUGUUUGGCUGUACCUAUGUAGUUUAAAUGUAACAACAAUACCAAGGGAAGAAGUUAAAUAAAUAGUAAGAAAGGAGGGAAGAGAAAUGUUGUCUGGAUGUUGAGAUGUUGUCUUGUCUAUGUCUUGGUUAGGUACCUAGAGUAAGUCUUGUUAUAAUACUUGCUCCAGUACCUUGUCACUUUGUCACUUUACCUUUUUAAGUGCGAUUUAUAUAUAUAUAUAUAUAUAUCCUUGAAAUUGGUGUCUUGUAUUGUAUUGUAAUAUACAUAGAUGAUACAGUAGAAGCAGGAAACUACAGUAUAAUACUUACUUUAUUUCACAAGUAUACUGUAUACCUAGAUAUCUCAUUCCAAGGUCCAUUCCAAGGUAUCGUGCAGUACAUUCGAUUCGCAUCGCUUUGAUAUAGAGUAGGUACCUGUAUACCAUACUAACCCCGCAAGGUUAGGAAAAACUUGGGAUAUCUAAUCAUAUUUAUAGUACUUCCUUCCUUCCUCUCUCUUCUUUCUGCCUGGAUUCUACAGGCUUUUAAUUUUGUUUUUGGUACAUGUUUUUUAUGAUUGAGUUAUUGGAUUCCGCACUUGGAAGUGAUUACAGUAGCUUAGAUUAGACUGUAUUCUUUUUUCUUCUUCUUUUUUUUCUUCUUUUUUUCUUUCUUUUUUUGGGAUUGGAUUGUACUAGGCUAAGCUAGGCUAUAUAGAAGUAACCAACUAACUCCCUCCUUACCAGACCCAGUGGUAUCCAUUUUAUAUCUUGAAUCUUGCGAUUUAAUACCCCUGGCUUACAAUAGGCGUUUGGGCGGGUGUGAUGGAUUCCACUCGUUCUGUAAAUCUUACACGUAAUCUUACAGUAGGUAAAGCAUGUAAGGAAAAUCAUGUGUUCUCUAGCUUCCCCAAGAUUCCAAGACUGGUUUGGUUGGUGGGUGAGUACAAAGGAAGGCGUGUGACGUUCCUCAGGUACUCGGGUACAGUACUCAUGUAAGUCUCACUCAAAUACCUACCUACUCACUCUUCCUUCAAUCACUUGGGUUUUUCUCUGGUUUCUCAUUUUAAAACUUUCGUUAUUUCGUUAUAUAGCUAUGAUAUGAUGUGACGAGUCCAUGAUAUAUAGCUUAGCUACAGUAAAGAAGAAGGAAUUGGUGAAUUAGGAAAAUCGUUCGCCUCGUUCGCCUCGUUCGUUCGUUCGCUUUGGUACGCCAGUCACCCCUUCUCCUCUUCCCUGUUUUCCCCAACACCCAAUUUGCCAUUUGCCAUUUACCAUCCAUCCUGUUAGUUAAAAUCAUCUCGAGAUUUCCCUCCCGUUCCUACCUUGCUCCUUCCUCAUCCCAUUCUUUCAGUGCUGUCCACCCUGCCAACUGUUUCCCCCUUGGUGAAAGCAAGAUGAUCAUUAGCUUAGGAAAUCCAUCCUCUCAUGCUCUCAUUCUCGCUCCGCUACCGCCUCCAUUUCUCAAGCGAGCGAGAGAGUGAGCCGAUUCGUCAUUCUUUUAUCAUUCUUUCGUUAUUUCUUUUCCGUUUUUUUGUUUCGUUUUUGUAUCUCAUUUCGUCUUUGAAAAGAAAAAGAUGGAAAAUAAAUAGAAAAUAUAGCACAUCAAACUCCCCUUCUUGGCCAGACUCCCACAAACCCAACUCAGUGAAGAGAGAAUAGAGGAUGAUAGACAGAUCACGAUCAAGCAACAGGGAAAUGAUCAUAAACAGCUCGUUGCUGCUGUUGCUGUUGCUGAUGCAACUGAUCAUUAAUCAUCCUUUGUUCCGAAUGCGCACUCUGAGGACUUCUAUCUUGAUCAUAAGUCGCCCUCUCAUGUUCAUAUCCUCGCGGUUCUUGCUCGUAACCUCUUGGCUCCUGUUCGUAUGUGCGGGGUGGCUCUUGCUUAUACGCUUCGUGGUCGUAAGGACGAGGUUCGUGUUUGUAUCCGUCUUGCGGACUCAUACCUAUACUUUCUCUGCGCAUAUUUUCCAUUUGUUGAGGGGGCGGACCUUGUUGGUGUUGCUGUUGUUGAUGCACACUUUCUCGACGGAGAGAACCUGGUGCGUAGACCCUCGAGGCACGGGUAGCAAUUCCGCCUGGGACUUGGUUGGAGGGGUGGUAAAGAAGAGCACCAAUGUUGUGGACAAACAGGGGAUACAGCAUUUCGGUGAUCUUCUCCUUGUUGGCGAACUCGAGAGCUUUUUCAAAUGGAAUCCACACUCCUUUCAAGUGCAUUGGGCCGAUUUUCACCACAUGUUUUUGCUUCUCGGCUUUGAGGAUUCCAUCACGACGACCGCGGGUCAUUCCUGCUACGUUGAGGAGUUUGGUACCAUUGAUCAUGUGGUUAUCU